AGUACGCGGCGGCCACGGGCGGCGGCGGGUGUCCUGGGCCGCGCGGCGCGCUGCGGUGGGAGUGUCUCCGGCCGAUCUGCAGGGAGGAUGCCUGAUGAGACCUCAAAUCCUGGUGCUGGUGUCAUGACUGGGAAUCUCAAAUCCAAAGUGUCGACUCCUGUGCAGGAUAUUUUGGAGGAAAAUUCAUCCCAUGAUAUGCAAAUGGGGCUGAAAGUGGCCGUGCAGAUUCAGAGGGCGGCCAUGCCAGUUCCUGCACUGGGUGUUCCUGAGCUGGGGACGGCCGGGGGUUCUGCUCUGCUUGCCCCGGACCCCGUCUGGCUCCAGCAGGAGGGCACAGAGGACGAAGCUGUGGCCCCGGGGGUACUGAUCACCUGUCUGCGGGAACCAGUCACCUUUGCGGAUGUGGCUGUGUUGUUCACCCCAGAAGAAUGGAUGUUUCUAGACUCUGCCCAGAGAAGCCUGUACAGAGAUGUGAUGCUGGAGAACUAUAGAAACCUGGCCUCCGUGGGAGAUCAGCUAGGCAAACCCAGUACGUUUUCCCAUUUGGAGCCAGGAGAAGAGCUGUGGCCCCCUGAGAGAAGAAGCUUCCCAGGAACCUGUCCAGAACCUCAGCAUCAACCCCAAGAUCCAAUUUCUAACCAAGAUAUUUUUGCAGAGAUUCCAUCCAUUGGCAUGAAAAGGGAGCAACCCCAGACUGGAGAAAAACUCUAUAAAUACAGUGAACUUGGGGAACCCUUUCACGGCAUUGAACCACUUUUUCAGUACCAGAGAAUUCAUGCUGGAGGCGACCCCUAUGAAUGCCACGAGGGUGGAAAAUCCUUCUUCCAGCCUGCUCACCUGAUUGUACCUGAUAAGAUCCGUCAUGGGGACAAAACCUAUGCAUGUAACAAAUGUGAGAAAUCCUUCAGAUACAGCUCCGACCUGAUCAGGCACCAGAAGACUCAUACCACGGAGAAGUGCUUUGAAUGUCCGGAGUGUCGGCAAGCCUUCAAGUACUCCUCGAAUCUGCGGCGCCACCUGAGGACUCACACUGGGGAGAAGCCCUUCGAAUGUGCUCAGUGUGGGAAAACCUUCACAAGGAACUUUAACCUGAUUCUGCACCAGCGAAACCACACGGGCGAGAAGCCCUAUGAGUGUAAGGACUGUGGGAAAGCGUUUAAUCAGCCGACCUCUCUGAGGAGCCACCUGAGGACUCACACCGGGGAGAAGCCGUUUGGAUGCAGUCAGUGUGGGAAAGCCUUCAGGGAGCACUCGUCGCUGAAGACGCACCUGCGCACUCACACCAGGGAGAAGCCGUAUGCGUGUAACCAGUGUGGGAAGCCCUUCCGGACGAGCACUCAUCUCAACGUCCACAAGAGGAUACACACCGGGGAGAAACUGUAUGAGUGCGCUACUUGUGGGCAGGUCUUGAGUCGCCUCUCAACACUCAAGAGUCACAUGCGAACUCACACUGGAGAGAAGCCCUAUGUGUGUCAGGAAUGUGGGCGAGCUUUCAGUGAACCUUCAUCCCUCAGGAAACACGCGAGGACCCACACCGGCAAGAAGCCCUAUGCCUGUCAGGAAUGCGGGCGAGCCUUUGGUCAGUCUUCACACCUUAUCGUGCACGUGAGAACUCACACUGAGGGGAAACCCUAUGAAUGCAAUCAGUGUGAGAAGGCCUUCAGGCACAGCUCUUCACUUACUGUGCAUAAAAGGAUUCAUGCCGGGAGAGAGAACGUUAGGAACGGUGGCCUGCCUUUAUCAGUGUCCCAUCCGUGUGGGGGGCCCCUUGCUGACUGACUUCCAAGUUUUAAAAGUAUACACGUUCUGGGCUGUAAUCCUCUCUCGUAGUACUGGUUUAGCUAUGUCACGUGUUUUGAUGUAUAAUAUUUUCAUUUUGGUUAAAAUCUAAAUAUUGUCUUAGUUUCUAUUAUCACUUACUCUUUGGCCUGUGAGUUAUUUGUAAUUAGAUUUUAAAAUAACAGGACAUGGGUUUAUUUUUAUAGAGGUAUAAUUACUUAUAGUGAAAUGCAUAAAUCUUAAGUGUACAGUUGGAGGACUCUUGACAGGUGCGUACACAUAUAUAUGUAACCAACACGCCAUUUAAGAUAGAGAACAUUUCUAUCCUUCUGGAGAGUUCCUGCAUGUGUAUGGGUGUUUUUUUUACUUUAUAACUUUCUGCUGUUGGUUCUAAUUUAAUUACAUUGUGAGCAGAGAA